GAGCCGGGGCAUCCUCCCUCCGCGUCCCCCACACCCCAAGAGUUACCCUGCUGCCCUACCUCCCCGACGCGCGUGCCCCCCCCCCCCCAUGGCGAAGCGGCGCUGCUGAUGCCUCGCGGCGUCGGAUCGGGCGCGGCGGCCACGAACCCUAGCCGCGUGCGGAGGCGCUCGCCGAUCCCCCGACGCCCAAUCCGCCGGCGCGGAUCCUCCCCCGCGAGAUUCGGGGCUCGUCUCGUCUCGUGCUGCCUAGUUGCAAGGAUAGGCGUGCUUGAACAAUACAUCUGUGGAUCAAUUGAGCUGUAUUUUAGUCUCCCAGUUGUGGAUUGAAGGAGUCUUAAAGUAGAGGUGAAGAAGUUUGACAAUUUGUACCUGUUUUCAAGGAUACAUUGAAGUGCAAGAUGCCAAAAAUAAAGAAUCUCUCCAAUGCGUGUAAAGUAUCAUUUUCUCCAAAUGGGCCUAUAUCUGAAGAGGCACUUGAGAGAGUCCGUGCACUGUUAGAUGAGAUAAGGCCUUUAGAUGUUGGCCUAGAUAAUGAAGCACAAAUUGCACGCAACUGGAACAGCUCUACACGUCCAUCCAAUGGGAGACGGGGACGUAAUGGGGCUAACCAGUUCACCGCGCCAAUCAAAUAUUUGCACAUUCAUGAAUGUGAAAGUUUCUCUAUGGGUAUAUUUUGUAUGCCACCUUCUUCAGUUAUUCCACUUCAUAAUCAUCCUGGAAUGACUGUACUUAGCAAGCUUCUUUAUGGAAGACUGCAUGCUGAAUCUUAUGAUUGGAUUAAUGUACCUGAUCAUCCAAGUGAUCAAUUACAAGCAAGACCAGCAAAGCUUGUCAGGGAUUGUGAAAUGACUGCACCAGAGACGACCAUUCUUUACCCUAAUAGAGGUGGUAACAUCCACACUUUCAGAGCCAUCACACCUUGUGCUCUCUUCGACGUCCUUUCUCCACCAUACUCUGCUGAGGACGGACGGCAUUGUUCUUACUUCCGAAAGUCUCUAGUGAAUCAACAACCUGUUGUUUUGCCUACUGAGAUAGAUAGCUCACAAGUAGUCUGGUUGGAGGAGUUGGAGGACCAUCAACCCCCAGAAGGAUUUGUGGUUGCGAGAGGUCUGUAUAAAGGCCCUGUAAUAAGGAGAUAAUUGGGUUGGAGCAUGGAAUCAAGCGAACUACAAUCACCUGAAAGAGGGUUCAGGCUUCUAGUAUAUCAUGCAUGUGAGUUCUAGUAUGGCAAACACCAAAUGGUCACUGUGCAGUCCAUGGUUUACUUUGUACAUGUCAAAGUGAUCUGUGAUAAUUUAACAGCAACUUUACAGAACAAGAAUGGAUGUUUAUGGUUUGACUAGAACUUUAAUUAUGUGCCGCACUGCUGGAGUAUCUCUGACCUAGCUAUGGAGCUGCUACCAGAUCAAGACCUUGGCGUACAUACUUUUGAGCUUAGUCUAGCAUAUCAGGUGUCAUGCUGUACUAGGAGAUCAAUGGAACAUGCUUUUUCACUUAAUGGUGUAGGGGCCGCAUUUUGCCCCCCGGCGUGUAAUAGCAUCAUUAGUCGUUUCUGGGAUCUUGUCUAUACAAUCUGGGGAAAAAAACGUCA